AUGAAGUCACGAUUUUGGUGCAGGAUCUUGCUGAUCCUGACCAUUCUGGCCUUGACCUUGUACAGUGAUGGGGUCAAGGGUCAGAGGGCUGGUUGUAAGAAUGUCCACUAUGACCUGGUGUUCAUCCUCGACACCUCAUCCAGCGUUGGUAAAGACAACUUUGAGAAGAUCCGACAGUGGGUUGCCAACCUGGUGGAGUCAUUUGACAUUGGUGAGGAUAAGACUCGUGUAGCAGUGGUGCGCUACAGUGACCGUCCCACCACUGAGUUCAACUUGGCCCUGUACAAAACCCUCGAUGAGGUCAAAAGGGCAGCCAGGAACAUUCGCUACCUGGGCGGCAACACCAAGACUGGAGAAGCUAUCAGCUACACCACCAAUAACAUCUUCACCAUCCAGGCAGGAGCCAGAUCUCCUGCCAGGGGCAUCCAGAAAGUGGCCAUUCUGCUAACAGAUGGUCGGAGUCAGGAUUACGUUCUGGAACCGUCCAAUGAAGCGGCCAGGGCUGGGAUCAGGAUGUUUGCCGUGGGGAUCGGUGAGGCGCUGAAAGAGGAGUUGGAGGAGAUCGCAGCCGAGCCAAAAAAGGCUCACAUCUUCCAUGUGACCGAUUUUGAUGCGAUUGACAGAAUCCGAGGCAGGCUGAGGCGGAGACUCUGUGAGAAUGUGCUGUGCCCAAACAUGAAGGUGCAAGCGGAACGCUUCAAGCCCAACAGUACGAGCGCCGGAUUCCAAGAAGUUCCAGGCUUUGACCUGAUGGAAUACUUUAAUGUGAGAGAUGUUCUGGGAGAGAAGUCUGAUCCUGGAUACAGCUCCUACGUGAGAUUGGGGUCGAUGCCCAUCGUGCAGCAGACUGAAACCGUGUUUCCACAAGGCCUCCCAGAUGAAUACGCCUUUGUCACCACAUUCAAAUUCAGGAAGACGUCCAGGAGGGAGGACUGGUACCUGUGGCAGGUCUAUGACAAGUACGGCAUCCCUCAGGUUUCUAUCCGUCUGGAUGGAGAGAAUAAAGCGGUGGAGUACAACGCCGUGGGUCUGACCAAAGACGCGGUCCGAGCCGUGUUCCGCAGCCCAGAUGUGGAAAACCUGUUCGACAGAAACUGGCACAAGAUCGGACUGAGCGUCCACGCCAAGUCCGUCUCGCUCUACCUGGACUGCAAACACAUCAAGACCCUACCAAUCGAGGACCGAGAGGACAUCGACAUCCAGGGCAAAACUGUCAUCGGGAAGAGACUCUACGACAGCGUACCCAUUGACUUUGACCUUCAGAGGAUGGUGAUCUACUGCGACUCCAAGCAGGCUGAGCAGGAGACCUGCUGUGACCUGCCUGGAGGCCCUUGCCAUAAGCAGGUGGUUACAGAACCCACCCCUAUUUUAAUCCCCACCCCGACUCCAUUGAGUGGAGAACAGAAGAGCGGAGAACACACCGUCAACUGUUCCUGCACCACAGGGGAGAGGGGUGAGACGGGUCUGCCCGGUGCUCAAGGCCCUAAGGGUGAAAAGGGAGAUGCGGGCCUUCGGGGUACUCCAGGACCACACGGACCCAAAGGGCAGAAAGGAGAACCUGCCAAGGUUCUCUCUAUCAAAGGAGAGAAAGGCGAGAAGGGGGGCAGAGGAGACCAAGGUCAGCCUGGGGUCAGAGGUGACAAGGGAGAGAGGGGAUAUGACGGCCUCCUGGGACUUGCUGGAAAACAGGGAGACAAAGGAGACCAGGGUGAGACAGGAACUGCUGGAGCUCCCGGGUUACCUGGACCACUCGGACCACAGGGUAUACCAGGUGACGUGGGACACCCUGGAACACCUGGUCCUAAAGGUGUUUCUGGUGAUCCGGGUAAAAAAGGAGAGAAGGGGACAGCAGGAGAGAGGGGUCUCCCGGGGUUAGCGGGAUUUCCUGGCAAACCUGGAUCUCCAGGAAAAGAUGGUCUGACUGGUCUGAUUGGUGAACCUGGAGCACAUGGGGUUAAAGGAGAAAAGGGUGAGAGAGGUCCUGCUGGAAUACCCGGAGAUGUGAUGCACAUGGCAGGACUGAAGGGAGAAGAUGGCACCCCGGGACGACCCGGUCCUCCUGGAGCAGACGGACCUCCUGGACCUCCUGGUCCCCCAGGGCCACCUGGAGAGCCGGGAAUCCCGGGGGAGACGGGACAAAGGGGAAGAAAAGGAGAAGUUGGACUCCAUGGAGCUGAUGGUCUUCCUGGACCACCGGGUCCUGCAGGCCCCCCUGGACCUCCUGGGAGUCCGGGUCAGACUGGACUUCCUGGAUUACCAGGAGAAAUCGGAUUCCCUGGAAAACACGGAGAGGCCGGAAAACCUGGUCUGCCAGGGAAGGACGGCGUCGAUGGUCAGCCUGGAAAUGAUGGAGAGAAAGGACCCAGAGGUGAACCGGGGCUGGAUGGCUUCCCUGGAAAACCUGGUCCAAAGGGAGAUGACGGACCUCCGGGACCCAGAGGACCACCAGGAGAACGGGGUGAGGCAGGUCUUCCUGGUGAGGCUGGUGUAAUGGGGCCGAGAGGAGAAAGAGGGCUGCAGGGUGAAAGAGGAAAAGAUGGAAACACCGGCCCAAAAGGGGAAAAAGGAGACAAGGGUGAAGUUGGAGCCAGAGGACCUCCAGGAACCCCAGGAGAUGUUGCCAGUGUGAUUCCUGAGCCUGGAGAACCAGGGCAACCUGGAGAGAAAGGUGAGAAAGGAGAACAGGGAAAACAAGGAGAUGUGGGUCCGAGAGGACUUCCUGGUGAGCAAGGCGUCAGAGGACAUCCUGGACCUCCGGGAGUGAAAGGAGACACAGGAUCCAAAGGAGAUCCAGGCACUAAUGGAGAACCGGGUCCUCCCGGGCUGCCUGGCCCUCAGGGGCAGCGAGGAAUACCUGGCAAUGUGGGAGUUCCGGGCAGUAUUGGAGUGCCGGGAGUAGCAGGACAGAGAGGAGAAAAGGGAGACCCUGGUAAAGAGGGUCAUGCAGGCCCCCCUGGUCUGCCCGGAGAGCCUGGUCUAAGAGGUGAAGCAGGACCACCAGGGAAAGGAAAAGAUGGAGUGAAGGGGGAUGAAGGACCCCCAGGAAUGCCUGGAGCUCCGGGACUGAAGGGCCCACCAGGAAAUCCAGGAAUACGGGGGAUGCCAGGAGACAGAGGUCCUCCAGGAGAGGGAAAGACCGGACCAGCUGGACCACCAGGCCCCCCUGGACUAGUAGGAGCAGUGGGGCCGAGAGGAGCACCGGGUGUACCAGGACCUCAAGGGCCUUCUGGACACAACGGUUUACCAGGAAGACCUGGAGAGAAAGGAGCUCAGGGAGAGCCGGGUAAAGCUGCAGAUCUGUCUGAGUUAGACCUGAAGGGUGUUUGUUCAGACUGUCCACCUGGACCUACUGGACCACCAGGAAUCCCAGGAAUUCCAGGAGAACAAGGCUCUGCUGGACUGCCAGGGAAAAACGGACAGGAUGGAUAUCGGGGUGAACCCGGACCUGUAGGACCCCCAGGACGCCCUGGAGCUGAGGGAAGCAAGGGUGUGAAAGGUGACCGAGGCUCCCCGGGAGCAGCUGGAGAUAAAGGUGAAAAGGGACCUCCAGGGCCUCCUGGUUUUCCAGGUGCAGCUGGAACAAUUGGACAACCUGGUAACGACGGCAACCCGGGACCCCCUGGUCCUCCUGGAGAAAAGGGUAAAGAGGGACUGAAAGGAAUUGAGGGUCCUCCAGGUCUCCCAGGCUUAAUGGGAGCCAUGGGUAAGCCUGGCAAAGAUGGACGACCAGGAGAAGUGGGCGAGCCAGGUAAAUCAGGAGACCCUGGAUCACCAGGAAGAGAUGGACUCCGAGGACUUCCUGGUUUUAAAGGCCACAGAGGAGAGCCUGGAGAACCAGGGUCAAAGGGUGAAGAAGGGAAACAGGGUCCACCAGGACGAGAGGGUCCACCUGGAAAAGACGGCCUCACGGGACUUCCUGGGCCUGAAGGUCACAGAGGACCAAGUGGACAACCAGGUAAACCUGGAGAACCUGGACCACCAGGGAAAUCAGGACCAUCGGGAAUUCCAGGUCUUCCAGGAGGGAAGGGGGAGACAGGAAACCCGGGACUGCCCGGAUUCACAGGUCCAAAAGGACCGUCGGGUCCACCUGGUCCCACUGGCCCCGAGGGCAAACAAGGCGUACCGGGCAAACAGGGUGAACGGGGCUUCAAGGGAGAGAAGGGUGACAACGGCAUAAAAGGUGACAAAGGCCCCACUGGAGAACCAGGAAUUCCAGGAAUCCCAGGACCUCCAGGCAGAAAGGGCCACACAGGCAUGAUGGGAAUGUCUGGACCUCCUGGAGAGAUGGGACUCUCUGGACCCCCGGGACCUGCUGGCCAGCCUGGUCUUCCAGGACAGAGGGGAGAAUCUCCAUCUCUGGAAUCAAUACGCAGAUUAAUUCAAGAGGAACUUGCCAAAGAACUACAAGCCAAGAUGGCCUACCUCAUGGCUCAGAUUCAGCCCACACACGUAAAGAGCUCAGUCGGGCGUCCUGGUCCACCCGGGCCUCCAGGAAAAGGAGGACAACCUGGACAACCAGGUCCACCUGGAGAGCCUGGUAUGCCUGGCCAAAAUGGAGGAGAGGGACCCCGAGGUCCAUCAGGUCCUAAAGGUGAAAGAGGUGCCAGAGGGGAGAAGGGAGAAAAUGGUGUUGGACAGAGAGGAGAGCCUGGUCCACCUGGACCCAUUGGCCCAGCAGGAAUUCCUGGAGACGGUAAAGAUGGUCUUCCAGGAGCAACGGGAGCUCAGGGUGAGCCUGGACAUCCAGGUCCUCAUGGACAACCUGGCCCACCAGGCCCUCCAGGGCAGUGUGACCCCUCUCAGUGUGCCUACUAUGCCAGCCUGGCAUCACGACCUCACACUAAAAAUGUCAAGGGAACCUAAACCUCUCACUGCAUGCCUGGGCCUAUUUAUGAACUUAUGAGAACCUAAAGCUUUUCCUGACGAGAUCCGGGGAGCUUGGGUUGGGGGGAAGAUGAGACAUUUCUACGUUUUAUUGACGAGUGUGUUUUCUGGGUGUGUGUCCUGCCGGUCAGAUAUUAUGGGUAAUUUGUUCACUUGGCGGGAAUGGGAACGGUUUGUACUGUAAACUAAGGGAGGUGAGUAAUUUAAAAUGUAGCUGAUUUUUUUUUUUUGUAUUGUCCAUUCUUUUUUUUUUUUUUA